AAUAAAUCCCCGGUUUCCACCGACUAUCGCCUGCCUUCUGCCCAUCUGCCUAUCUGCCUGCCCGUGCGAUCACCCGCUUUACCAGGGGGGUUCUGUUAUUAAUCACUUGAACAGCGCAAAGACGUCUGUCUGCAGUCCCCUACAAUGUGCAGGGAGGUCUCAGCAGUCCUCUGUACCCUCCUUCUCUUCCAUCUUUUCACCAAGGAGGAGAGCUUCUUCAUGAAUAGUCUUUGGUGAAUCAGAGCCUGGGGUGAUCUGCCUUUGUUGGGGGGAUUGCCCCCAAACCAUCCACGUGCACUAGCAAGGAGCAAUAAUAUCAUUGAUAAACCACCCUCAUCACCUUUUUGACCACCACUGGCAAGGACUGCAGAGACAGCAUUGGAGAAGAAUGACAGGGGAAAGGAGUGAGUGCUGAAUGCUGACAUCCAAAUCUUCUGCUGUCACUCUGGGAUUCCCUACUGUAUCAUUUCGCUGGCCUUCCUCUUCCUGCUGAUGUCUUUUAUGGCUUGAGAAAGAUUCCCGGUCUCCAUCGCAGGUGGAGCUAAACGCUUAGUCUGCACAGUUUACUGGAAACUCUGUGAAAGUAGGCAUAGAUGGUCACCAGUUUUGGUGACCUGAUGUAUCCUGCAGCUUGGAGAAGUGACGGACGCCAUAUUUAAGUAGAGUGAGAGGAGUUUGCUUGGUCAGCAGGUGGCUGUGGACCCACAGGAAACCAUGCCGGAGAUGGAGGCUCUACCACGAGCUCUGCGGCGCCCAUGGCGCCGGUCCCACCCCGCCCAUAUCCAGAGGAACAUCCUAGAGGACCAGGUGGAGCUCUGGUGGUUCAGAGAGCCCCGCAAGUCAUUGCUGUGCUACUGCCUGUCGGUGGGCCUGAUUCUGGGCUGUGGUUUGGGUGGGGUGGGCCUGCUGUCCAGCACUACCAGCCCAGCUGGGGAGUGGCGCCUGGGUGCAGGGACAGCACUCUGCCUGCUAUCCCUGGCCGUGCUCCUGAAGCAGCUGCUAAGCAGUGCUGUACAGGACAUGAACUGUGUGCGAAGUUGGCGUCGGAUCGAGCUCCUGAAAAGCGGCGGCCUGUCAGAUGUCCUGGUGGUGCUGCUCACUGGUCUGGCACUUCUCAUCUGUGGCCUGGUGUUGCUCCACCUGGCCCUGGCUAGCGGGUUCAGCCACGCCCAGCUGCACCACAACGAUAUGUUCCUGUCUGGGGUGGUACUGCUGGUCUUGGGGGGGGUCACUGUGCUGGCUGUAGCUGGAUACUACUUAGCAGCCUCACUCCUGAGGAGGCAGAUGUCCAGGCAGAGGCUACAGGGCAGGGCUCCCCGGGUCUUCACCAUCUCUGGCCAAAUGAGAGAAAGACAGCAGGCGACCACCUCCAGCAUGGCCAACCUCAUCUGAAGGACACUUCCACACUGACAGGUCAAAGGGAGUCUGAGCAACAUCAAUCAGCCUGGUUCCUGAAUCUUUACAGGUUGCACGCAUUCCUAACUGGGGAUUAAACAAGUAGGGGAUACUUAGCAUGUUAUAAGUAAGGGGGGUGGUAAUGAGACAGCAUCUUCACCCCCAGCUUCAUCUUUAUUUUAUACAAUGAUGUGUCUACAAAGACCAUUAAAUAGUCUUCAGUGCUGGCAUUUUGCUGUCUUGUCGCCUACUUCCAUCCAUCCAUCCAUUAUCCUACUGGGUCGCGGGGGGUCCGGAGCCUAUCCCGGAAGUAAUGGGCACGAGGCAGAGAACAACCCAGGAUGGGGGGCCAGCCCAUUGCAGGGCACACUCACACACCAUUCACUCUCACACGCACACCUACGGGCAAUUUAGCAACUCCAAUUAGCCUCAGCAUGUCUUUGGACUGCGGGGGGAAACCGGAGUACCCGGAGGAAACCCCACGACGACAUGGGGAGAACAUGCAAACUCCACACACAUGUAACCCAGGCGGAGACUCAAACCCAGGUCCCAGAGGUCUGAGGCAACAGUGCUAACCACUGCACCACCAUGCCGCCCCUUGUCGCCUGCUUAAUACUUCAAAUCAAAAUGAAAGAGUACAGAAACACAGCCUGCAGGUGCCCACUGUGUAAUUCCUACAACAGAAUGUAGGCUGUUUAGCAAAAAGCUGUCAUCUGCCACUCGCCUCCAGAAGCCGUGCUUUCUUGCCUGAAUCCCGUCUCUGUCAGGUCAGCUGGAAUGAUGGCCUCUUCAGGGUAAUCCACUUGAGUCACGCAGACAGUCGAUGGGAGAGCGAGUCUGUACUGGGGAACACUGCCACCUCCCCCCCCCGCUACAUUUCAACAGUGUAUUCAUUGUCCAAGAGUCAGCUGUUGGUUCCUAACAGAACAAUGGGUGGUUCAGGGUCCACUGUGACAUUCCACUGGGCAUCUUAAACGCAACAAGCCAUAACGAAUGGAAUACCCACAAACAAAACAGCGCCAUGCUGCAUGUACGAGCACUCAGAGAACAUAUGAAACUGUGCCACUUAAUGUACAUGUAUGUCAAUGCCACAUGAGACAUUGCGAAUAAAUCCAUGCAUUCCUUGCAUGCAAUCUCAGUAGAAUGCAUCUAGAAGCUACCAGAUCUCAUGGUAUGUUAACUGAGGUAUGCAGUUGAUAUAACAUGUGACUUUAUUCUGUCCAAAUCAACCGGAAAAAUUUUCUUUAAUCUGCGGACAUUCACCUCUCAUAAAUACAUCUUUGAUUGCAUCCCAAUUUAGAUCCUAACAUAACAGUCUGAUCAAGUCUUUGAAUCCUGAAACGUUUAACUAAAACAUAUUAAGAAUUUGCUGUGAAAACAAAAACUAUUGUUUCAGAACAAGUAAAAACAGAAGGUCUAAAAAUAGAGACCCAUGUUAGUAGAACUGAUUAUAAUAAUGGUAUAAGAUACGAUUACUUAGUCAUAAGUAUAGAUCAGAGGUCGGCAACAUUUUUAAAGCAAAAAGCUUUAUCCUAAAUGUCUGACCCAAGAUUUAGAAAGAGUCCCAAUGGGUAUAAAAGAGGGUUUGAGAUACGAUUUUUAUGUGAUACCAGUACAUAUGCAUUUAAUAAUGGUAUAAGACUUGUUUACAUUCCCAUUUUACCAUAAUUAAGGAAUUCAGA